AUGGUGCUCCACCUCUGCCGGACGACGACGCCGGCGGCAGUGCACCCAACACCCUUCCCCUCCAUGGUCGACGAAGAGCAGCGAGGGGAGGCGGGGAAGCUCCACACCCUGAGCGCCAUGGCGGCCAUGGAGGUUGUGGUGGCGAGAAACUACCGCGCGCCGUUGCUAGCGCUAGGUCCUCGGUCUGGAUUGACGUGGCCGCCCCGCCCGCCCGCGAUCAAGGCGGCAACCGCGCAUCGUCUUCCGUGGGUUGCCCCCGUCCCUAUCCACCCUCCUUCAGACCGCGCCUGCCGCACGCCGCCGUCUGCCGGCUCCCCGCCUGCCGCACGCCGCCGCCUGGCGGCUCCUCGCCUGCCGCGCCUCUCACCUACCGGCAACCGCACAGUCAACGCGGCUGCCGCGCAUCGUCUUCCGCGCGGCGUCCCCGUCCCUAUCCACCCUCCCCCAGACGCGCCUGCCGCACGCCGCCGUCUGCCGGCCCCCCGCCUGCCGCACGCCACCGCCUGCCGGCUCCUCGCCUGCCGCGCCUCUCACCUACCGGCAACCGCGCAGUCAACGCGGCUGCCGCGCAUCGUCUUCCGCGCGGCGCCCCCGUCGCUAUCCACCCUCCCCCAGACGCGCCUGCCGCACGCCGCCGUCUGCCGGCUCCCCGCCUGCCGCACGUCACCGCCUGCCGGCUCCUCGCCUGUCGCGCCUCUCACCUACCGUCGUUAA